AUGAAGGUACGUCGACGACAUCGAGUAGCAAAAAGCGAAAGCGAUCGUGAAUGCUUGGUUGAAAACGAAUCCGCUCAGCAUGAGCCAUCGAAAGUACGUCGAGCACUGUGGAAAGUUGUAAAAGGGACGUGGAAAGCAUUUAAAGUCGGCUUGAAAACAACUGUCGCUAGUCAACCAUUUUCUGUGGCCCUCGAACCGACAGCGAUAGCAACGACUAUAGUCGAUUAUCGAGUGUACAAGAGAAAUCAUCAAUAG